AUGUCUCCUACCCGUCGUCUUCUCCGGGAAGAGAUCACCUAUUCCAAAGCUGAAAAGAAAGAAAUCAAUGUCCUCCACAAGCUGACAUACUGGCCGGAACAGAACAAGUUCUUUGGCUUCAUUCAACAAAAUUCCAACCAGGUUGAAGCUCUUGUUGCCAAUCAUCUGGGCUUGAAGGAUUUAGCAUCCUGCACUGCUGCUCCCAGGGCUGAAUGGAUGCAUGGGAGCUUCAAUCUAUGUGUACCUGUGACCACACCAGCAAAUCGUGUCCUUGUCCGAUUUCCUCUUCCCUACAGAGUUGGUGAAUACGUACGUCCCGGAAACAGUGAUGAGAAAGUCUCCUGUGAGGCAGGAACAUAUGCCUGGCUUCGGAGGGAGUGUCCAAGUGUUCCUGUUCCUCACCUCUACGGCUUUGGUCUGUCAAUGGGCCGACAUUUUACUGCAGUAGAGCAUUUGUCACCGUUCCGCCGUGUGUUUCAUCAACUUCGAUGCAAGCUACGUUCCUUGCUAGGGCUUCCCAUUCCGUCUGCUUACAUUCCUCGUCGGAACUUUGAUCCAAGCGAGAUGGGCCCGUACGUUAUUGUGGAACACAUAAAAGAAGAGGAUGGUGUGAUGCUCUCAAAUACCUGGAACGCGCUCUGCAGUGACACAUACCUGCGAAAUAAUCUCUUCCGAGAUCUAUCCCGAAUAAUUCUCACCUUAAGCCGCAUUCCUCUCCCAAAGAUAGGAUCAUUUGUGGUCGAUGACUAUGGCUUUCUACAACUUAUCAACCGACCGCUUACCAUCGAGCUACAAGACCUAGAGAAUGAGAAUAUACCCAUUGGCAUAAAUCGAAGUCAGACAUUCCCUACUGUUGACUCUUACGUCAAUGCCUUACUAUCGUGUCACGACAGCCGGCUACGCCACGAACAAAAUGCCGCCAAUGACUUCAUUGACUGCGUAAUGCAGAUGUCCGCACUUACAACGCUGCGAGCUGUGGCCCAGGAGUUUUUCGAUCAAACACUCAACAGCGGCCCAUUCAUUUUUCAGUUAACUGACAUGCAUGCGAGUAACAUCCUGGUUGACAAGAAUUGGAAAAUUAAAUACAUAAUAGAUCUGGAAUGGGCUGCUUCAUGGCCGCUUGAGUUUGUGCAGCCCCCUCACUGGCUCACCAGCCAAGCUGUGGAUGUGAUCGACCCUGAGGCUUACAAUGCGCUUCGGCAGGAGUUCAUGCAAAUUUUUGCAGAAGAGGAAAGAGAGAUUUCUCACGCGCGGAUACUCAAACAUGACUCAGACAAGGAUUUCAAGUGCUCAUCUAUGAUGAAUAAAUGCUGGGAAUCCGGCACUUUCUGGUAUACCCUCGCCCUCCAGAGCCCAACUGGGCUGCAUGCCAUAUUUUAUAAGCACAUCCAACCGAUUUUUGCGGAAGCCCAUUAUAGGGACAGCAACUUCUUUCUCAUGAUGCAUAAGUAUUGGUCACGAGACGCAUCUGACUUUCCCGUACAAAAAAUUAUCGACAGGGACGCGUAUCUAGAAGAGCUUCGAAGGGCAUUCAAUCACUCCUGA